CGCCAUGGGGUACAGUUAGUGACAAGGCACUCACUUCAUCGCUUUCGUAUAUUCGCAGCGAUCAUCAUCACCUCUUGUCUUCUUCGAUCACGUUCAUUCGCUUGUCUUCCAAAUGAAGGCUUUAGUCUGUCACAUUCACAGCAAGUGGCGGAGAUGUCCGUCCACUCCGUUGUCCCUCGCGUUCCGUGUGCUCCUGGAGCCGCAUUCGAGUCACCGCCUGCCCCGUACACGCCCAGCCAUGUGUCUGCGAAACAACUCGAGCUCCAGCAGUGCGGCAGCCCUCACAGUGCCGCCUCCAUCGACGCUAACAUCCAAGGAUCCCGUCCGGGUGCUCGUGACUGGCGCUGCAGGACAGCUCGCCUAUUCGCUGGCACCUAUCAUAGCCAAGGGACACGUGUUUGGCCCUGACCAGCCCGUGAUCUUGCACCUGCUGGACGUCCCCAAGGGGAUGAAGGCCCUCGACGGCGUCGUCAUGGAGCUCUUCGACUGCGCCUUCCCUCUGCUCAAGGACGUGGUUGCCACGGACGACGAGAAGACGGCGUUCUCCGGCAUCGACGCAGCCUUCCUGGUCGCUUCGGUGCCCAUCAAGGAUAGCAUGGUGCGCAGGCAUCUGCUGGUCGCCAACACCAAGAUGUACAAAAGCCAAGGGCGCGCCCUCGACCAGUACGCCAAGAAGUCCGUUAAGGUACUUGUGGUGUGCAACCCGGCCAACACGAUUGCUCUGGUCUGCUCCAAGUACGCGCCCUCUAUCCCCAAGGAGAACUUCUCGGCCUUGACGCGCCUCGACCACAACAGGGCCAAGAUGCAGAUUGCGCAGAAGCUGAACGUGACGGCUGGGGACGUGCGCAACGUGAUCAUCUGGGGCAACCACUCCUCCACCCAGUUCCCGGACGCUAGCCACGCGUCGGUCACCUUAAACGGUCAGCGCGUCAAGGUCACCGAUGCCAUAAAAGACGAAGCCUAUUUCCGGGGCGAAUUCCUCACCAUGGUGCAGGAGCGUGGAACAGAAGUUUAUGAGGCACGCAAGCUCACCAGCGCCAUGUCGGCAGCUAAGGCGGCGGCUGACCACGUGCAUGACUGGUGGCACGGCACCCCUGAGGGCGAGUGGGUGUCCAUGGCGGUGAUGAGCGACGGUUCGUACGGGUCGCCGGCGGACGUGGUGUUCAGCUACCCGGUGCAGAUCGAUGCCCAGCGGCGCUGGCGCAUCGUGGACGGACUGUCCAUGUCGGACUUUGCCCGGGAGAAGCUCGCCGUCUCUGGCAGGGACCUCGUUGACGAGCGCAGCGAGGCGCUGGCCGUCUGCAAGCUUGACUGACGAUGCGGUCGAACUCUGAAGGUCGACCUCUCCGCCUCGUCCUCCUGCCUGCUCCAAUUUCGACAGUGACCGAUUUACCCAUUCUCGAAUACAGUCACCUUAUGCUUUCUAGAUUUGAGAAUGGUGUCUUUGAGACUAAUCUACUCGGCUAUGUGUGGUAUGCAAAAAAAUAAAACAAGAUACAUCCGCUGUGGUGUGGCGACUCGUUAAGGUUCGAUCAAAUAAAAUUUAAAUGGACUAAGAAUUCGAACGUAGUUAUAUGAUUCAAUAUAACUAAACUAGAGUCCCGUCAAUUCAACUUUCUUUAAUUCUAUUUUUCCAUCAAUUAUAGAUACCAACUGAAGGUCCCGACUGGCACCUGGCCAUUUUCGUGGGCCAGAACUAGAAAUUGGCUUAUUCGUACACAAUUGGUCAGCACACACGCAGGUUACAGUGGACUAAAAGUAUUCUAGUACACUGUACGCAGGUGACUGGUCUUGGCAGCGCAAUUGGGGCAACACUGAAUGCGUCGAAGACACGUUAUCUCCCGACCAAAGCUCCAAUUUUCGGCCUGUUCUUGGCAGAGUAUCAAGCGAGAACGACACUCCACAGUGAAUGAUUACCGUAUUUACGCAAUUCAAAGAGCACUUAAUUAAAAAUAAACAGAGUUAUGAAAAUUGCCUCGGAGUUGCAAACGGAUACGAAACCGGAACCACUUUCGCGGCGUUGGUUAUAGUGUCAGCGUCGUUGUCAUCACCGGACAAUUUUUCUCAAAGGUGGCGACAAACUCUAGUUGGCGACGGCGACGCGCCACUUUCGUUACGAAAGCUCAUUCAGAAGAAUUUACCUCGUCGCGUGUUCUGCAUGUGCUGGCUUUUUGGGCAUGUCGCAGGACGAACUGGUGGAGUGGUUAUUCUAGGCAUGGGUCACCAUUGUAUUAACGAUGUGUGCCGAGCGGUGUCACGCGGAAUGUGAAAUGCAGUGCAACGCACGGAGAACGACACGGUUGUGAUGCAUAGCAGUAAUAUGUUCUUUGAGGAUGGCGGCGAUGUAAAUUAGGUGUAAAUAAAUUGCCAUUCCCUGAAUGGAAACUCAA